AUGAAUGACUACCACGAUCAGGAGCUCGAUGACCGCGCCCGCGGGGUGUUUGGCACGGACGAAACUAGCAAGGCGCGGAGCAGCAGGCGCCCCCUCUCACAGUUUGAGAAGUUGGGAAAGCUCAGUCCUCCUGUUCUUAAGGCGAUCCACUCACUCGGAUAUUCUACCUUGACAUCAAUCCAGAAGGCCGCCAUUCCUGUCAUUAUUGACGGAGGCGAUGCGUGCGUGGUGAGCAAAACGGGCUCGGGGAAAACAGCUGCAUACUCGAUUCCUCUUGUCAAUCUUCUCGGUUGCCACAGGGCUACUACGGGGAUACGCGGAUUAGUCAUUGCUCCAACUCGUGAGCUGUGUGUGCAGAUCGGAGGGGUUAUAAGAAAGCUUUCUCGCUUCACUGACCCUGAACUCCGCGUUUGUCUGCUCGUUGGUGGCGAAGCACUGGAAAAACAAUUUACCGCUUUGACCGCAAAUCCAGAUAUUAUUGUGUGUACCCCAGGCCGUAUCCUGCACAUCCACGAUCAAGUGUCCACUUUCAAAUCGCAGCUCAAAUCCAUAGAGUAUGUGUGCUUUGACGAGUCCGAUAGGAUGUUCGAAAUGAACUUUCAACAGCAGGUGAACGAGAUCCUUGAUCUGCUUCCUGCAGAGCGUACUGGCGGACACAUCACCGAAACUAGAUCUGCCCGUGACUUCUUAGGCUACCAAAUUAUAAUGGUCUCAGCAACCAUGCCAAACAAUCUAGCAGUUUUUUCUAAAGCACGCCUCCAAAAUCCAACAAUUAUAGCAGCAGAGAACGACAUGGUUCUUCCCAACGAACUGACAAAUCAAUUUAUAUAUUGUCCGAUAAACUACCGUGAGGCUGCUCUCUUAUACAUAUGUCGAGAACUUGUGCCUAAAACCUGGCGAUUGCUCGUCUUUGUCGCCACCAAGCACCACUGUGAGUAUCUCACAUCCAUUCUACAGGCCAAUAAUCUUCGCGCAACCUGUAUCUAUGGGUCACUGGAUCAGAAGCAGCGCACGCUUGCUCUAUCCGAAUUUGAUAAGGGUCGCUACAGCAUACUUAUUUCUACUGACGUUGCUGCUAGAGGAAUUGAUAUUCCUAACUUGAACUGUGUGAUUAAUUAUAACUUUCCAUCCUCCGGGAAGAAUUAUGUGCAUAGGGUUGGUAGGUCUGCGCGUGCAGGCUCAUAUGGGCUUUGUGUCUCAAUCAUCGAAGGAGACGAACUUCCUUACUGUCUGGAUGUGAUGCUCCAUAUAGGCAUUAAGUUUCAUAGUAUGCGCUCAAGUGAUGACGCCGUAGCUACAUUUCUGAAUAAUUGUAAUACCCUUGGCGUGGAUUGCUCAACAUUUGCAUGCCUAGUCGGAAAGCACGCCACGCAUUCUCCAUUCCAGGGCCUAGUGGCUUCUAUACCUGGUCACUUGUUGGACGUUAUAUAUGCAGACGUUCUCCGGACGCUCGGAGAGUAUGGCCAGGAUGUCCGUACGCAGCAAAAAACAGCAAACAACGCCAUGAAACAGGUUAACUCCAUGCGCAAAAGUGCAAGCCCAUUGAGCACGGAGAGGGCAAAGGAGAUCAUCACUGGCAAUAUGAUUUAUGAGCAUCCCCUCGUUCGUAAGCUAGACAUUGAAACGGUGGGAUCUGCGGGAAAAGAGAAACAAGAGGCUGCGUUGGAGCAUCUCUCAAAGGUGUUAUACUCGUUUAAACUGCCCACGCACCAACUUGAGCUUCGGGUCAUGGAAAGCAACGGUGACGCUUCAUCAGUUGCCAUGCUCAACAUGCGGCGGAUUGUGGAGAAAAAGGCACGAGAAAGACAGCUUGUAGCAACCGAGCUACAGAAGCUCGGCAAAGAUAAUGCGCUGGAUAACUCUGGAGCAUCAGAUACUGGUUUCGUAGGGCUAAAGGAACCUUUAGUGAAAUACUACAUGACCAAGGACGACCUGGAGCGCUAUACUAUCUUAGGGAAGGAUGCUCUCGAGAAGCGGAAAAUUAAUGCUACACAGGCGGGCAGUUCUUCCCAUGGAGACAAUCUUUACAUCUCAGACAUACAGCCCCCGAAGCCUGAAUCUAAAGGCUCAUUCAUAGAUGCUCAGACAGCUGUCAAGGGUGUCCUGGUGGGAAGCAAAGACUCUAUAGAGAACGUCAUUGCUGACUUUAUUCCAGAUGAUAGGGAGGGGCUAGCCUCUAUUCUUAGAAGAAAGACGUUUGAGAGACGAUGGAAUCCGCUGCGCAAACGGUACGAAAACGUGGAAAUCAAGGCAGAAGAGCCCAAGACAAUUAGCAACGCCGGAUCCGUUGGAAAGAAGAAGAUAACCCAGAAGAGGUUCAAUGAAUCUACAGGCAAGUGGAUAGAGGUGACUCCAGACACAAAGCAAACCCUUUACAAGAAAUGGAAGCAGAAGACCAGCCUUUCUGUAAUGCCUGGUGGACAGCAAGACACAGUCACAGACAUGGAGGCGAGAGAGCUAUUGACUGGUCAAGGUCUUGGACGUCGCCGCAGGAUGGCGAUAGAAAGAGCCAUCAAUAGUGGAAGACUGGUUCGUAAAGCUCCUGCCUCGAAGGUGGACACGUCCAUAGAGCGGUCCAUGCCAACUCGCGCGCAAGUUGUUAAAGAACGAGAAAGCAAGAAGCACCUGGAGAAAGUGCGAGCUAUCUCACGAAGCAAGAAAAAGAGAAAAGGAGCGAAUCCAUCGUCCAGGAAGCGUCGUUAA